CCCCUGUCUCCAGACCAUCCUCCAUGGAAGUAGGUAACCUCCUACCCCCCGGUUACCACUGCUACUAAGUAUUAUCAACUGCUCCUGUAUUAUCAACAUCCAAAUUCAUGGGAAGGGCUGUGGUGAAUUUCUGGAACUUGAAUAGGAAGUUGCUUUUCUAAACAGCUUGACACUGAGGGGAGGCAGCAAGACUAUAAGAAGUCUGGGUUGGGCAGACGGCAGAGAGGAAGCCAAGGCGCAGAGGAGAUGGCCAGGUGCCUAAAAGCCAUCUGGAACUGGAGAUUUCAGAGAGUGAUCUUCAGAACUGUCCAACUCCUUUGCUUCAGUGCCCUGAUCUUUGAAUUAAUAAAGCAGAAAGAAGUGGCAGCAUGGACCUAUAAUUACAGCACGAAAGCAUAUUCAUGGAACCAUUCCCGGGUAUUCUGCCAGAAGCACUACACGGAUUUAGUGGCCAUCCAGAAUAAAAAAGAAAUUGCUUACCUCAAUGAUGUCAUACCUUACUACAGCUCUUACUACUGGAUUGGGAUCCGGAAGAUCAAUGAUAAAUGGACCUGGGUGGGAACCAAAAAGCCUCUCACCAAAGAGGCUGAGAACUGGGCUGACAAUGAGCCCAACAACAAGAAGAACAACCAGGACUGUGUGGAGAUCUACAUCAAGAGUGUGUUGGCCCCUGGCAAGUGGAAUGAUGAGCCCUGCGGGAAAAGGAAGCGGGCACUAUGCUAUACAGCCUCCUGCCAGGACACAUCCUGUAGCAAGCAAGGAGAGUGCAUUGAGACCAUCGGGAACUACACCUGCUCCUGCUUCCCUGGAUUCUAUGGACCAGAAUGUGAAUAUGUCAGAGAGUGUGGGGGUUUUGAUCUCCCUCAGCAUAUAUUCAUGAACUGCAGCCACCCUCUGGGAAGCUUCUCUUUCAAUUCAGAGUGCAGUUUCCACUGCUCUGAAGGGUACGAAUUGAAUGGCCCCAGCAAGCUGGAAUGCUUGGCUUCUGGAACCUGGACGAAUGAGCCACCACAAUGUAUAGCUGUCCAGUGCCCACCCCUGAGGACUCCUGAGCGAGGAAGCGUGACCUGCCCACACUCUGCUGAAGCAUUCCAGUAUGGGUCCAGCUGCCGCUUUAGCUGUGAAGAGGGGUUUGCAUUAGUUGGGUCAGAGGUGGUGCAGUGCACGGCCUCGGGGCUGUGGACAGCCGCAGCCCCAGUGUGUGAAGCUGUGCAGUGUCCGCUCCUGGAAGCCCCUGGCAAGGGAUCCAUGGACUGUGUUCAUCCCCUCGCUGCGUUUGCUUAUGGCUCCAGCUGCAAAUUUGAAUGCGAACCUGGCUAUCAAGUGAGGGGCUGGGCCUCACUCCGCUGCACUGGCUCUGGCCAAUGGACCUCACCCUCGCCAGCCUGUGAGGCCAUUGCCUGUGGGCCGCUGGAGAGUCCUGUUCAUGGAAGCAUGGAUUGUUCCCCAUCCUCGAGAGCAUUUCAGGACAACACCAGCUGUAGCUUCCGUUGUGCUGAGGGUUUCAGGCUGGAAGGAGCUGACCUAGUCCAGUGUACUGACUUGGGACGGUGGACAGCGCCAGCCCCGGUGUGUCAAGCUCUGCAGUGCCAUGAUCUUCCAGCUCCAAACAAGGCCCAGGUGAACUGCUCCCACCCAUUUGGUGCCUUUAGGUACCAAUCAACCUGCAGCUUCACCUGCAAGGAAGGCUUACACCUGGUGGGAGCAAGCAUGCUGCAGUGCUUGGGUUCCGGCAACUGGAGCGCUCCUCCUCCAGAAUGCCAAGCCAUUCCCUGCACACCUCUGCUAAGCCCUUGGAAUGGAACAAUGACCUGUGUCCAGCCUCUUGGGAAUUCCGGUUAUAAGUCCACAUGCCAAUUUGCCUGUGAUGAAGGAUUCUCUUUAUCUGGACCACAAAUAUUGGAUUGUACUCCAUCUGGACAUUGGACAGGUUCCCCACCAAUAUGUGAAGUUUUCUAGAUUUCAAAAGGAGAGGAGUGGACGUGCUCAUGUCUGAGCUCUCUCUUCCGGUCAAGAAUUCUGAGGUUGAAGACGUAGAAUGCUGCCAUCUGCUGUCCGAAAGCUAUACUACAGGCACCUGAGAAAUUUAGAACGCUAUGGGGAAUAACACCAAGGGCUCAUGCUUCCCCACUUAUUUCUCAUUCACUCGUUCAUUUAUUCCAGCGACAUUUACCAGAAGCUCUGUUUUCCCACAUUCUGAAUUAAGGCUAAAGAAUAAAAAAUGCCUA